AGUAAACUCCAGUAAUCAUCACCUCAAGCCAUCCUCAUGCCUACAGCCAGGUAGGGCUAAACUGGAUAGUCAGACACCUAUUCAGCUGUUCAAAAUGCCCUUUUCGGGAUGGGAAACCCCCUGCUUGACAUCUGCGCUGUGGUGGACAAAGACUUUCUAGACAAGUAUGGACUCAAGCCAGAUGACCAGAUAUUAGCAGAAGAGAAACACAAGGAAAUGUUUGAAGAGAUAGUCAAGAAAUUCAAGGUUGAAUAUCACGCUGGAGGUGCCACUCAGAACUCCGUAAAAGUCGCACAGGUUGGUGCUCAAAGCUGUAACCAGUAUUUAAUGCAUGCCACACUAGCAACGACAAGGUCAUGAGAUUCUAGAGAAUGCAGGAAUGGAUAAAAUGUAUAGCUUAAGUGCAAUGUAAGAUUCUUUGGAUAAAAAUGUCUGCCAGAUGCACCACACACAGCUCCCUCAGAUGGACAGGUGGUUUUGUACAUCCUCUGUGGUCUAAAGGGCUUAACUAGGAUGCCUGUAAAACCACAAAGAUACAAAAGAGAAGUUUAGUACGUCUAGCAAAGUUCCUUGGCAGAAUUUGUGAUUAUAUGUCAC